AUGGCGUUCUCAUCAAUUCUUAUUCCACAAUUAUCUGAACCUGAAAGUGAUAUUCAAAUAGAUCUCAGUAGUUCAUCAAAUAUUGCUUCGAUUGUAGUUGUGUCUGUAGCAUUUGGUGCUUUGGUUUGUGGUUCACUUAUGGAUACAUUUGGACGGGUAAGACUAUCAACUAUGAUUUGUGUGCCUUUCGUUGUGGCUUGGCUGUUGAUAGCCCUCUCGAGAAAUCUUUUCAUGAUUUACACAGCUCGGAUUCUCUCAGGCUUUUGUGGAGGCCUAACAACUGUUGCUUUGGUUUAUGUAAGCGAAAUUUCCAGCCCCGAAUACCGCGGAAUGCUUUUGUGUUUAAACAGCGUAGCUGUGUCUUUGGGAAUUUUAAUUACAUACCUUCUGAAUGUCUACUUCAAAUGGCGUACAAUUGGAUAUAUCUUCGCCGUCUCAGCACUAUUAACAUUUUUCAUCGUCAGUCGACUGCCAGAGUCUCCCAGUUGGAUUGUUUCUAUGAGGAAGAAAAGAAAAAAUUCUGACGCUCUCGCAUCGUAUGAAUGGAUUUACCGUAGACAUCAUUUAUCUUCAUUUUACUAUCAUCAAUUAGUUGAUAACGAGAAAUUGAAGCGGAAUCAUUUGGAAAGCUUGGAAAAAAAAGAAGAAGUGAAAAGUAUCCUAAAACUUUCACAGGAGUCAAAAGUGUACAAGCCACUGAUAAUUCUUUUGUUCAUGUUUCUCUUCCAACAACUUUCCGGCUGUUACAUUCUCAUAUUUUACACAAUAAACAUCUUUCGAAACUUGAGCUUAAACUUCACAGAGAAAAUAAACGAGAAUAUGGCGCUCAUGUUGCUUGGUACGCUUCGCUUGAUUAUGUCUGUUAUUGCUUCUGGAGCGUCACGCAAAUGCCAUAGGAAAACUCUUCUUUAUAUCUCGGGACUAGGAAUGAUGAUAUUCAUUUUUAUAGCUGCCAUAUUGGUGCAAAAUACGGACGGAUCAACCCAGAAUUUUCUGAGCUCUCAGACAUCGAUGAAUCAUACGACAAUAAAUGAUGACAAUGGGAGUUAUAAUGAAGUUUAUCUACUAAUCAGCAUAUUGUGUUACAAUUCCUUUAGUGCGCUAGGUGUUAUGAUUCUUCCAUGGACAUUAAUAUCCGAGCUUUAUCCCAUCGAAGUAAAGGGAAAGAUGGGAGGAUUGACUGUGGCCAUCGCCUACGUUCUAAUGUUCAGUGUAGUUAAAGUUUUUCCCUUCUUUUUCAAUUUAUAUAACAUUGAGACGAUGUUCUACUUAUUUUCUGCAAGCAGUCUCGCCUUCUGUGCUUUCGUUUAUCGUUUUCUACCUGAGACUUAUGGAAAAAGUUUAAUUGAUAUUCAGAAUUAUUUCGUAACAGUGAAACAGUAGUAUAAUAAAAACAAUUGCCACCAUAACUUAAAUGAAAAUAUAAACAAUUUUGAAUUCUAUACCA